CGAAGGUUCACGUCAUUUUCGUGCUCUCGCGUGAUUGAUUCCUCUAAGGUGGUUGAAGAAGUGCAGCGAGAACACAAAUACAGCACUGUUUGAGAGCGCUCAACUGUGUGUGCAAGCGAAUCUAAAACUAUUCGAAAAAAGGGCUUUGUUGUUGUCUUAAUCGAAUCAAGAUUAAGAGAAUGGCGUGUAAUGUGAGGUGAGGCAAGUCUAGGAGGAUGAUUCAACGGGAACAUCGAGCAAGCAGUGUUACCGGAUGUGUUGGUCAUUAAUACGCAGUAGAUGCUUCUAAAGCUGGUCUAGAGGCAUCAACUAGAGGAAGAGUCAGAACCACCAUUGUUGGAUACGGAUAUGCUUCAGGCUGCUUCUACCGCACAGAACAUUGUGCAAAAUUGUCUUGGAAAGAGGCAAAGGGUGCUGCUGCCGCUGUAUUGGUGGAAGAGCAAGAAAUCAACCAUCGACCACUAGUGAGGAGAAGCCAGGAGGGCGCGAAGGAGAGUGUGCAACAUAGCAGAACAUACACGCUGGAACGAGUUUAUUGACAUUUUUGUUUGCGCAAAUGCUCGCGCAAAAGUCAAAUCGUCGCGGUGUUGUUGUUUUGUUGGGAAAGUUAUAGUUUUAUGAGCUUGUCGUGACGGGUGCUUCUGAAAUCUGAUCAAUACCGUGGCAAAAGUGGCAGCUGGGGAACCAAAAUAAAACCCACGAAAGGUGCGCAGAAAAGAAAGGCAAAAAAAGAAGAUAAAAAUCGACCAAAAUAAAUGCUGACAGUUCACGCGAUGCUGGGAGAAAUUGCAUAAAGUUGUAAGCAAAAAUAAAAGAGGAAAAAUCAUCGAGAGAAAGAGAGAGGGGAAAAAACAAAAGCAGCGCCAACAAUACAAUUAAAGUGAGGUGAUUUAAUUGUUGUGGAGAAGCCGUCGGAGAAGAAGUCAUUGACAUUUGGUGCGAAUUUCGAUCGAAUUCUCACCGGGGACGCUGCCGGCCUCAAUUGACAUUCACUCCUUGUUCUUUUUUUUUUAAAUAAAGGAUUUUUCCCGAUUUCCUUCCCAAAGGAUGAGGCCCCUUCGAAGGAUAAUGCCGUGCCAAUAGAAGGUUAAUUGCCUCCCCCUCGCCCCCUCGCCUGUGGUUGGAAGUCCGACCUGCUGCACCUGCCCGAAACUGGCGGAACGACGGAGGAUACGACGCCGGCACAAUUCCUUUGCCAAAAUGACACUCUACUGGUGGACGCACUGGUUCUGGAUCACCGUGUGUGGAGUGGUCCUCAUCGAAUGCACCCCGCUCAGCUCGAUCGACACGUUCCCCAGCAAGCUGUCCAAGCUGGAGGAAAACAACAACAAAUCCACAUAUCUCAAACGCGCCGGCGAACCCACCCAGCUUCCCAAUCCCAACGGUGGUAACCCGCCUCCAGGUGGCCGCUUCAUAUCAUCCCUGCCACCGGUGGCAGCCGCCUCCAGCGGUCUCCUCUCAUCAUCGUCCUCGUCGUCUUCGAGUUCCAGUUCGCAGCCGGCACCGGUGGCUCCCCAACCCACCAUCAACAGUUUAAUUCCGGAUUCCGGGCAGGACGUGGACGACACUUUCGCCGGGGGAAGUUUGGCUGGCACAGACUUCGGUCCGGACGUGGUCCGGUACACCCGGAAGGAGGCGGACCCGAUUGGCAGUACCGCGUCGAGCGUGGAGGUUACGGCCGCGACGACAACCGGGGCGGGGAGACUUAAGAAAAACGGGACGAUUUUCACGCGGAACGAGCAGAACAUUACGACGUUGAAGUUGAAAAAUUAUAAUCGAGGCGGCGCUGGCGUCGAGAAGGAGGAAAUGAAAGCAGCAGCUUCGACGGUGCGUGUUCCGGAUCGUGGCACGCGGUUGGUCGACACGUUGAUGCAGGUCGCGACGGUCGAGAACGGAACCUCGGGGGAGCAGCAGGACGUUGAGGUGCAGCCGGAGCAGGUCACCGAGGUUGCGGUCGAUCUGAACGUCACGGAAUCGGCGCUGGACGAGUCGUCGUCUUCCGCGGUUGACAACACGACCGUCCCAGCUGCGCCGACCGGUUCCAUCCAGUCCAUUGACUUCAACUCCAGCAGCAGCAGUAGCAGUAGUACUAGUUUUAGCAACAGCAGUAGUGAUAGGGACCUAGCAAGUAGCAGCAGCAGUAACGGGCGGGAACUGCCCGACGACAGCCAUAGUGAUAGUUCCGGCGGCAGCAACAGCCGGAUCGGCAAGAUCUUGUCGUCCGACUUUCGGGACUUUGUGAGUCCCGCUGGAGGUCAGCCGAACGCGAGCAGCUACAUUGCGCAGUCGAUUGCGUUCAGCACGCAGAACCUGCAGGAGGGCGUCGACGAUCAGGACCACCCGCUGGAGGACGAUGACUACCGGCGGAGCUCGCGCAGUCAGAGUCCGGGCAGGUUGAAUGUGGGUGCCAUCUCGGGCAUCUGUUUGGCGUCGCUGGGACUGUUGUCGGGGUUGUCGGCAGCGCUGGUGAUUCUGUACCGGAGGUAUCUGUAUCUGAACAAGCCGCAAGCGCUGAGCGAGCCGGACUCGAGCGGGUACAUUGAUGAUAGCACGAUCCGGGACAAUUCGGACGAGAUGUACAGCUUGGAUAACGAUUCGUUCCUGAACUCGCUGGAGGCGAUGACGAUACAGAACUACUGGACGGACAAUGUGAAGCAUACGAAGCUGUAGGGCGGGGAUGAGGGGUGAAAUGGGGGGCGAUUUGGCAAAAAAAUGUGUUUCUCCAAUUGCAAUUGGUUAAAUUUUAUCAGUUUUAGACCAAAUUUAUUCCAUUUGAACUUAUUUACAACAAUAUUUAAAAAAAAAUCUCCUCAAAUCUCUUAUUAUGACAGCAGUGAUCUCAGACUUUCAGAUUGAUGAUGCAUCUAAAAUUCAUAAAGAUUUUUCAACAAAAUGUUCAGUCUAUCCAAGUUACACAUUCGAACACUUUAAAGCCAUAUAAAUCAAACAAAAUACCACAAUACAGGGUUGCCAGAUUACAAAAUUGAUUGAGUCAGCGACAAGGACUUAAUUUUAAUACCUAAAAAACGGUUCUAAAUGCAUUUUUGAAUCGAUCUUCAACGUAAAACCUUCAAAUGUCUAUUCUUCUUACUUGAAUCAUAAUUUCCGUAGGACAGUGUUGCCAGAUCAUCAAACUUAUUGAUCCUAAUAUAUUGUUCCGACAUAAUAUUUCAAUCAAACUUACGAAAUUCGAGUUUGAAAUUAAUUAUUUGAAUAACACAUCUGUCGUGAAAUUUAAAGACAGUGUUGCCAGAUUACUAAACAAAACAAUUCAGUGGAACAAUCCUCUGAAAACCUAAAAAAAAUUAUUAUCAAGCAUUUUCGGACCAUUCCAUCAGAAAUCAACUUUGAAAUGUUUUUAAAAUUGAUUUUAUUUCUUGAUAUUUCAUGGCAGUGUUGCCAGAUCAUGAAUCAGAAGGACUUUUCAAAAACUAGCAAAAAUGAAACCCUGGAAGAAAUGUUACUCAAUAUGGCAAAUUCUGUAGGUACUAAACAUUAUAUAAAUCUAAAUAAAAUCCAGACAGUGUUGCCAGAUCUACAAAUGUUAUGAUCUAUUAAGCCGAACCUUUGAAAACUGUACAUUGUUUCGAAUACAAUUUUCAUUAAAACUAAGCAAAAAUCGUGUUUGUUAAGUUAUUUAAAUUAUACUCCAGUCGUUAAAUCUCGAGACAGUGGCGCUAGAUUACCAGAACAUAACUAUCCUUCUAAACGAUCCUUCGAAUAUCUACAAAUAAGUUUUUCUGCAAGCAUUUUUUAUCUAAUUCUUAGAAAAUCAGAAUUUAUUUCUCGAUAUUCUAUGGCAGUAUUGCCACAUCAACAUCAGACAUCAGAAGAACAUCUAAAAAAAUACAAAAAUGGGGUUUCAGAAGAAAUUUACACAAAAUGGCCAGUUUUGAAUUGAAAACUUAUGUAAAAUCAAACUAAGUCAAGAUAACACAAGGCAGUAUUGUCAGAUCAACAAACUUUAUUUUAUUCUUCUGACUGGAUUUUUUUUUGGUAAAAUCGUUGCAAGAUAAGAAAGGUAUUUUCAGAAGAAAUGUCCAUAAAAAAUUACAAAAUUCUGCUCCAAAACCUUGAAUUGUAUUACAGUGUUGCCAGAUCAUCAAACUUUAUGAUCCACUCAGCCGAACUUUUAAUAACUGUACAUUAUUCCGAAGGAAAUUUUCAAUAAAACUCGCAAAAACUUGUUAAAAAUCCUAUUAAACUUCGGUCGUGAAAUCUCUAUACAGUGUUGCCAAAUUUCUAAACAUAAUGAUUAUGGUGAUGAGUGGAACAAUCCUUCAAAUACUUACACAAAUUAUCCCGGAAAAAAAAUAAACCAAGUAUUCAAUAAAUCAGCUAAGAAGUCCUCCGAAAAUUGCACUUAAGUCUUGAUAUCUCUUUACAGUGCUGCCAGAUCGAGAUCAGAAAUCUUAAAGACAUCUCAAAUACUUCCUAAAGGAUGGUUUCUGAAUUUUGUAUACUAAAGAUUGCAAAUUUUGUUCAAUAAAUUGAAUUCGACUCCUGACUAAACACAGUGUUGCCAGAUAAUUAAACUCAACAUCUCAACCAAUUACAAAAAUCCGUCUUGGAAUGGUUUAAAUGAUGCCAGAACAUCGUGAUUAAGGUUAUUUCGGGUAGAAUUAUUCACAAAAAUUACAAAACCUCUCUAAACUAUUACAGUGUUGCCAGAUUAUACAACCUAUCGAUUUAUCUAAACAGUUUAUUUAAAUUUUACCAAGUUUGUUCCAGAAAUAGUUUACAAACUUUGGAAAUCCAAUUUCAUUGAUGUUUCGAUACCUUAUGGCAGUGUUGCCAGAUAAUCAAACUUAACGAGUCAUCGAUAAGAUCUUCAAAUGCUUGAAGCUGAUUUCAAAAUCGAAUUUUCUACAAUAACUAUUCCAGUCUGGAAGAAAUCCUUACUUUACACUUUUUAGUUAGUAUUUUACGUGGCAGUGUUGCCAGAUAACUAAACAUCAAUUUUUGAAGCAAUAUUGAACCAAAUAAACGCAAAUCAACCUUCAUAAAAAAUAAGUGUUCAUAUGGCAGUGUUGCAAAAUCAUCAUUUUCUGAAGGAUUCUAAUAUCAAUUAAAUUUUAGUCGGAAUAUUUCUUGACAGUGCUGCCAGAUCAUCAAAAUUAAUGGUUCAACUAAAUUAUCGCUUAAAAAGAUGCUUCGGAUGCUGAAGUUGUUUGGUCUCUUGGCAGUGUUGCCAGAUCAUCGACCUUAAUGAGUCAUCAAAUAUGUGGAAAGGUAACCAACGAAAAUUAGCUUUGAAAUGUUGUUAAAAUUUUACAUAAGUGUUCAUAUCCAUAUUCUGGCAAUGUUGCCAGAUCGACAAAAUGAAAUUUUUCGUACUAUGAUGGGCUGGAAAAAAACACUCAAAAUAAGAAAACUCUAGCUUAUAAAUUUGUUUUAUUAUUUCGUUGAAGUCUUAACAUUUUGUGGCAGUGUUGCCAGAACAUCCAAAUUAUUGAUCCAUUUGAACAAAACGUCAAAGAUUAAUUACAAACAUAAACCUGGAAACAAAUUUCAACCUAUCCAACUAAAAACAUGAUCUGUAAAUGUCAUUAAAGUUUCCAUAUCUCAGGCAGUGUUGCCAGAAACUUCAAACUUGACAAGUUCUUGGAAAAAUGUGGCUCUGAAAUUAAUUUUAAUCCAAUUGCCCAAACUCGGUCUUGAAAAGUUAUAUUACUGAAUAAUUUUCCAAUAAGCCUUGACAGUUCUUGACAGUGUUGCCAGAUUUUCAAAAUUUAUAACAUAUUGGAAUUUGGUUCUUACAAAAUAUCCAACGAAUCGCAAAAUGCUGGUUUUUAAGUAAUUUUGAAUAGAAAAGGUUGUUAGUAAAUUGUUUUCCUUAAGUGAACAUAACUUAAAUCAUGGUUGCCGGCACUUUUUUUUAUUUUUCGCCAAUUUUUUUUAUUUUUAAAACAAAAUUCCUAUUUUUUAAGUAGAUUUUACACUGUUCAAGUACAUGUCCCCGACAUGGCCAAUAUCGGUAGAGUCAGUGUCGUGAUAUUAGAGAUAUUACAGCAUUGACGUUUUACAAUUAUUGAAUUUUGUAUUAAAAAUAUGCUCAAAUUUCUUGAAGUAAUUGAAGAAUUUCAAAAGAAACAAAUAAAAAAAAACAAUAUGAGUUAUAAACAAACAGCAUUUGCCAAAUCGCCCUUCUACAAACUUUCUUAUGUUUUAUAUUCAUAAUGUUAUUUUAAUUUUGUAAAUCUUUCUUAUUCUUAUUUAUUUCUUUAGUCAAACUUUUGAUUGGUUUGAGCCUCUUCUUACAAAUUCAUUACUUUUUAUUUAGUUUAUAAAUUAUUAAGUUUCACUUUCUGUUAUCUAUUUUUCAAACACUCAAAAUCAAAAUUUACUCUUUUUUGCAAUUUAUCUUAAGCAAUCACGAAUGAAAAAACAAACCUACAUUUAAAGCAGAGACUCGCAGCAACGUGUGAAAUAAUCCAAUCCUACAAAAAGACAAACUAAACAACUUCACAUCACACUGUAAAAUCCUUAGUUGUUAUAUUUAUGAACUGUAAGAAAUCAAUAACAUAACAUUCACCUUAUUACUUUAAGAAACGUUAAAUUAAACGAUCACAAAAGAAAGAAAAAAAGAAAAUCGCAAUCAUUCCGUGUCACGAGCCGUCCCUGUUUUUUUAAGUGAUAACAACUAAGUACCGUUUACGAUUAUGAUUAGUGCAACAUAUCUUUACUCGAUUUAGGAGAGUAAUUAAGUUUAUCGAUUACGUUUUAGUUUGAGUUCUCACAAUUUCCAACAAAAAAAAGAAGAUAUUUGAAGAUUACGAAACAUCACACACACGCUGAACGCAACGGAGAAGUAUUAUUCGCGAACUUGUGAUCAAAAUGAAGUGGUUAGGGAAGAGACAGUGAAACAAAUAUUCAUAUUUACGCUUCUUAGUUGAACAAAAAAAAAAACAGCGCGAGCAAACAAACAAAAAUUAAACGACAAAAAUUGCGUCUAAUGUGGUUCAAAUUCGAAACUAAGAAUAAUUAUAUAUGACAAAAAAGAAACAAAACAGUGUAAUCAAAGUACUUAAGAGUUUGAAGUGAACUUUCUUCGAUUCCAGUGAGCCGUUUAGAAAUCUUGUAUACUUGAGAGGCACUUGAUUAGAGUUGAGGUAAAUUAUUAAAAUUUGAAGAUGAAAAAAGAAUCAGGCAAAUGUACAACACACACACUUUCUGAUUCCAUUAUUUUGUGAAUAAACAAACUGAAUUGGA